AUACAUUCUGACAUUAAAUUCUGACAUAUUCAAGAUGGCGGGUCAAUAUCCUGGGUACAAUCCGUAUGGCGGGCAACAACCACCUCAUCAAGGUACGAUAAUCGUCAUUUUAACCCUUGUAGUCAGUUACCUUACUUCUCUUUUCAAAAUAUAACGUGUUCGAUCUUGUUUUUUUUUUCUUUUCGCACAGGUGUUUUUGAACUCGUUCGCUCCAAUCAUUUCUAAGAAUGUAAAAUGAAGCGAAGGAAGCUAAAACUUCAACACAAAAACUUCUCCUAAUCAAUAUGGUGUCUUCAGUUACCUCUCAGUUACCAAGAUGGCGGGUCUCCUGGGUACAAUUUCCUCAUCCCAUUUUCCUAAAAAAGGAAGUUUAAUUUUCCACUUGUUUUCUCUUUUCAAAAUUAAAUCUUGUUUUUUUUCUUUUCAGGUGUUCUUUUUGAACUGUUCGCUCCAAUUUUCUAAGAAUGUAAAACAAAAAAUGCUAAAACAUUUUGUUUGUUUUUCAACACAAAAACUUCUCCUAAUUAUCUAACCUGUUCGUGAUUUUCAUGAUUAUCUUUAAUAAGAUUAUUCUCUCGCUUCAACUUGCAUAAAAUGUCCCUCAGGUAUCAAUUUGCGAUUAGUUCUCAAGCCCCGACUAUUUGGAGCGAUAUUUCCUUGACUGUUCGUGACAGCCUUACCACUAGGAACUUCAAAAAGAAACUAAAACUUCACUUUUUAAGCCUAAGUUGAACUAGCGCAGGAUUCUCAUAGCUUAUUGUUGGUUUAUUUGUCACUAGUUAUGGACUGUUACAGGACUGCAUGCAUGUUAACUUAUUUAAUUUCAGUUUUGUAUCUUGUUUUAGUUUUGUAGUUUUGUAGUUUAGCCUACAGUCUUCAUUUCUAUAUAACAUAAUUUCUCUCAUUCUGACCACAGGCGUAUAAGCCCCCGGCUUUGGCUUUACUGAGUUUGUACUAUAUGAGCGAUGGAAUAAUAAAGUUAAAGUAAAGUUAAAGUAAAGUUGCAAAGAAAAGUGGGAAUGAAAGGCGUACUUCGUUUUCAAGUCUAUAUAUAAGCUUAUUGUUUGAAACUACAAAAGGCAACAUGACUGUUAGACCACGAAUUGCCCCGUCCCUUUCUUUCUUUCCCUCUCCCUCUCUUAGAUGGACAGACACCACUGGUGUAACAGAAAGUGCCCAUCUUAAAGAUAUGUCUGCUUCAAUAUAGAGAGUUAAAGAGUAUAAGAAAUAGAGACAUGACUAACAUGAGUUAUUGUCUUUUAAAAAAAUUAUAGAUACCUGUAAUAAUUAUGCUGUGGCUAUAUGCCCGGCAGCGGGAAAGGGUCCUAAAAAUGCCUGGCAGUCAGAAAAGAUUUUGGAUUUUCUUCAUAAUCUCUUUCUCUAAUCGUAUGAAAGUAUUGUAUCUUCAUUUAGAAUUACCAAGCAAAUAGGGAAACAGGAAUUUCUUCGGAGUGAGGGUGGUUCCUUGGGCAUGGAGUAGAGUUGACACUGUUUUGACACUUCUUGUUUUGACUGUUCAGAUAGCAAAAUCCCCCAAAAUAAGUGUCUUUUUAACCUACAUGACAGCUCUCUGAGCCGCCUCAAAAUGCCAUGUUGUGCAAAAGGUUAGAAAUUAUCACAAAACAAAGAACCCUUUCAAAGUGAAAAAACUCAGAGGAUCGAUAACUGUUAAUUAUUUUGGUGAUGUCUUCUAAAAACCAAGAAUACAUAAAAAUUAACAACGUAGUAUAAAUACCCCCAGUUAGUGAAUAAACAAUGAGUUUGUUAGUUACAUUAGUAUUCCCCCACGAUACAAUACCUGUCCUUUUCAACAGGUUAUGGAAUGUCAGGUUAUGGAAGCACACCAGGCUACCCUCCUCAGAUGGGUUAUCCAGCACAUGGUGGGGGAUACCCAGGGCACUUUGGAGGACCCCCAGGUCCUCCACCAGGAGCAGAUCAUACUUUGUGGAAUUGGUUUAUCACAGUUGACAGGGAUAAAUCAGGGCAGAUAACAGCAGAUGAACUCCAGCAAGCAUUAAUAAAUGGAAACUGGUCACAGUUCAACAGUGAGACUUGUCGGCUAAUGAUAGGUAUAUUAUGUAACACCAUUUCUAAGCUAUUUUUGGCUAGCAACUGAGUUCGGGUAGUUAUUAGGGUUGUUUUACCAUUUACAAAAAGUUUUUUCAGAAAAUCUGGUUGGAAUGUAAAAGGAACACAAACGUUUAGGUCAUUCUGGCAGAAUAUUUCCAGGAGAAAUGGAACGUUUGAAAAGGUAAUCCUGUUUGUAAUCCAGAAAGAAUAUUCCUAGCAGAAAUUCAUGUUCCAUUUCUUUAAAGCAUUCUUUGAUACUAGUUUCAGGCCUUUAGGGAAAGUUCAUUUAAUAUGACAAGGUGGGGGCAUGAAGAUAUUGAAACUCGAAGCUUGAAAUUUUAGCAGCCCCCCUCGCUAGCAGUUCAAUCUUUUAGGAGCCCCCUCCUUGGUAGUCGAAAAAAUUUCAGAGCCCCCCCCCCCCCAAUUCCCUCCCCUGAAAAAAGUAGACUGUAUUAAAUAAAAAUUUUUCAAUGGUUUAUACCCCUUGAGACUACAACAUUUUGGGAUUGUUACAUUUGUUGUAUCUGUAAACCACGUGAUAUAGCUGAGUUGCACAGGUCAUUAAAUUGUUGAGUUGAAAACCAUCCGAUCUGUAUGAUGAUGUCAUGGGUGUUGGUUUUGAAGUAUACAAAUUUUCGGACCCCCCCCUCCUAGCGCAACAAUUUUUCAGAGCCCCCCCUUCAGGUGUCUAAAAAUUUUCGGAGCCCCCCCUCAAUAUCUUCAUCCCCCCCUUGUCAUAUUAAAUGAACUUUCCCUUAUGGUCAUUUUUUGGUAACUGAUUUGUACUGAUGGAAAAUACGAUUCUGGGACGAAAUUUACCAGUCCUGCAUUUUGUGUACCAUUUGCCCAAAGCAUGGACCAACUGGUUUCCCAUCAAAAUAAUGGUAAACAACCUAGAAGUACAAAAGUUUACAAUCUAGAGGAAAUAGUUUUCAAAAAUGGUCGGCGCUAAUUGAGGGCACUAUUUUUGCAUCGCUUAUAACUGGAGAUGUGGUCAUGCCGAGCGGUACCUUCAUUUCACUGUUAUUUUAAGACUCUGAGCAUUGGUUGGGCCCCGGGAAUUGAACCCAUCGCCUCCUGCUCUGAAGUCAAUCGCUCUGCCUACUUAGCUUAUCCUUACGGUGGUUAUGUAGAAUUUCAUAUUCCACUUAAGACUCCAGUUUUGGUGCUUAAAAAUUAGCUGUUGAAAACCAUAGGCUAGUAGUUCAAAAUUAAUAGUGGAUAGUGCUAUUGCUAUCGACUGGAUAGUGAUUUAUACAUUGUAUAGCACUAUCCAACUUUUGAACAAAGUGGCUCUGAUCAUUGAAUUCACAAGCAUAAGCAGAAGACAUAACCAAUCGCAAGGCAUCAAAAAGUGUGGGAGUAAGCAUUGUGAUUGCUUGCUCUUCCUCUUCUGUGCUAGACUCCAGUGAUCUGGUUUUCAGUGAUGGGUUAUGAUCAGAGUAAGUCAAAGAAAAUGAGAAUGUUCUGAUUAAUGUUACUUUCUUUUAAAAAAUUUACCUGAUUUUUUUUUAUUUCAUUGGUCAUAAGCACUGUUAGCACUCAGCCCCCUUGCUUGUCAGUUGUUCACAAAAUCACUGAGUAGCAUGUGUCGUUGAGUGCUUUUUACUCAGCCCUCCAUAUUAGUUAGAAAGACAAGACUACCACUCCUGAUGCUUGAUCAACCAAAAAUUAAUUAAUAAAAACUUUAAGUCUUGUAUAAUACUCAACAGAGUUCUUCUUGGUUUUGAUAACCACUGGUAUAUUUCCAGGUAUAUUUGACCAAGAUCAGUCUGGUACCAUAAAUUUUCAAGAAUUUCAGCAAUUAUGGAAAUAUAUUAACCAAUGGAAGGGAGCAUUUGACAGGUAUGAUCAGGACAGAUCUGGAGCAAUAGAGGGUCAUGAGUUGCACAGAGCAUUUGCUGAGAUGGGAUUCAAUGUUUCUGCUAACUUUGUCAGCCUUGUUGUAACAAAGUAUGUCUGUUUAAUAAUGACAAAUAUGAAAUAUACAUGUAUGUACCGUACAUAACUCUUACAGGAAAAGGAAAAUCUCCCAGCAACGACCUUGUAGACAUUGCUUGGCUACUCUAAUAACUGAAUGGGUCCCUUGUUACUAUUGUUGCUGUGGUUAUUGGUUUUGUUUCUGUUUUUUAUUAUUACCAGGGUAUUAUUAUUAUUAUUAUUAUUAUUAUUAUUAUUAUUAUUAUUAUUCAAACAGACCCAUGUCUCACAGUAUUGGCUGUGAAAACAAUAGACAUAAAAAUAUAACAAUGACUCUAUCCCUAAAACAAUGGAGCUGCGUGCUAUAGAGAACCAAUGAAAUUAGAGGUUUUUAAGAGCUGCGUACUAACUGAAAUUAUUAGCUUGAUAGGUCGUUACCAGUUCUAGUCACAUUGUACAAAAUCAUGUAUUUUACCAAAUACCAGUGAAAAUCAUUGUCACUCAACUAAGUUUUGUAGAGAGGCUCAUGGCAGGCUAAGCCAUUUUUUCAAAGUAGAUGAUUAAAUAAUAUCCCAUGUUGCAUCUGGUAUUAUCACUAGGUAUGUGACAUCAUCAGUAUUCUACAGCUCGCAUGAAGUGAACAUUCUCCUGGUUCAAACAGUGAUCUCAGGGUUCACUAAAGUAUUUUGCUUAAUGGUGACGUAGAAGAAAUGGGGUCUGAAAUCCCCACCUCCAAAAUUUUGAACUCUGGUAACCUUGACUUCUUAGAAACAAAAGAGGUGCAAUUUGCCAAUUUAUAGAAAUGAGUAAAGACUUCUGGGACUGUGGGGACAGGGAGACAAAUUGGCCUUUAUUUGACCGGUACAUACAUACAUACAUACAUACAUACAUACAUACAUACAUACAUACUUUAUUGUUACCUCCCCGAAGGGGCUUUUCAGGAACAAUGAUUAUAUUACAUUAUUUUAUAAUAACUAAUAAUGUUAGCUAAUUACUAAUUACAAUGUUUUAAACUUAAUUAAGAAGUAUUUACAAAAUUAUCUAAAAGCUGGCUUCUUAACCCAUUCGCUCCCGGAGAUUUUGCCGAAAAACGCGUUUUCAAGCUAGUCGAGUGGUUUUCUGGUCACUGUCGUGCUAUAAAGAGCUAAAACUUACCACAAACCGGUUUACAGGUCGUACACUUCGCAGCCUUCUGAUCCAGAUGCAAAAUAUCAGCUUGCGAAGUUCGGGCAUGCGCAGAAAGCAAAAUUUCAAGAUGGGUUUAAAAGUGACACAGCACAGCUUUCUCUCCUCCCUUCUUUUUUCGCUUUUCUUGCCUCAUUUUUUUUUUCUCUUGCUGGGCAUUUAGUAGGCUUCAUUUUGGUGGGAAGCGUUUUAGGAAAGCUUUUAGGAUCUUAGGCUGGGCAAUGGAACAAGAUUUUCAUGGAGAUUUUCAGGUCAAUGUUGCGUGGUUUUUUGCUUCUUUCUCCGGCAUCCUUGACUGAAUUGUGCUCAUUCUGGUAUGGUUUGAAAGAUCUCUUCACUCUGCACAAGUUAGUUUUGUCCUUGACCAUUAAAACUGAUGACAUCACAAUGGGUAGAAAGGACCUGGAUCGGCACGGGCGGUUACGGGCGGUUCAGGGGCGAAUGGGUUAAGGAACAUUUAAGAAUUUCAACAGAUGUGUCCCCAGUGAUGAUCCUAGAAUCCACCCGGGGGGUUACUGCCAUAUAUGGGCUAUAUGGGUACGUGCCGCUGUGAAGGGUAUGGUUUUCAAGCAGUUUACUCUUGGAUAUGGUAUAUAAAUCAGAGAGUUUGGGUCUAGAAGAGGGUAUCAUUUUUCAUUUAAACUGAUCAAUUGGCUGAAGAUUUUAGUCUAGACUAGGGAAACCAGGAAUUGCCACUCAAAAAUAUAAAAAAAUCAAAUCGGUUUUGUUUUGGCUGGACUGUGCUAGUGACCUCAGUUGUUUCUGGAAAACAGCUACUCUAGGAUAGGGGGGAUUGGGGAGUUUAGUCUAGUAUAGGGUAGCAAAAUUCACUUGAACUAGCUCUGGUAUAGGCUAAGGGUUCUGGAGAAUCCCCUUUCAACCCAAUUUCCUUCUAAUAAUAAGCUUUAUUUAUCUAUCCAUCCUUAAAAAUAACAUAUACAAUGGAUUUACAUAAUUAAAAGGGAAAAACAUACUAUGAAAUAUUUAAAUGCAUUUCUAAUAAAGGUAAGUAAAAAUAUACAGAUUAUUAAAGGAGGAGUCUUGCAGCUCUGGCUGUAAAGAGUUUGUAUGUCUUUGCCUUCCUGACUUUGGUAAUGCUACUGAACCUGGUGUAAUCUUAAGUUAGCUGUGGCUGGUAUUUGGCUUUGUGAGAAAUACUUGAUUUGGGUGGUUAAUAUUAUUCACAAUUCUUAAAUCUAAUUCAUGCUUUGUCACUACUUUGCAUCUGUCCUCUAACAUUGAAGGGGAUGUUCUUGGUAUCCUGAUGAUAUCUAGGCACCUUCCUGUUUCUAAAUUGGCAAAUGUGGUUAAACCAGUUAUCUUUUAAGUAAUAUUUUACACUGUUUUGGGUUGAAACCAUCAUGGCAAAAUUGUUGCAAAAAAUAUUGGAAUGUGUCUUGUGCUUUAUCCAAACAGGUUUGACCAACAUGCUCGUCGUAGUUUGAGACUAGACAGCUUCAUUCAAUGCUGUGUGAUGCUGCGUGCCUUAACAGAUGCAUUCAAAGUGAGGGAUACAAAUCUGAAUGGAAGCAUUACUAUUAGCUAUGAGGACUUCAUGUGCAUGGUGCUAUUGAACAAGCCAUAGAAUAACGGACUUGAAAGUCUUUCUUAUUUAUUUGAUAAGUAAUAAUGUUAUUUUAAAGCCUGUUUACAUGGAGGUGGGAGGCCAGGUAGAUGAGGUAACAUGCUUAGGUGGGGUAACCCACCUGUCCCUAUCAUGAAAAUGUGAUCAAAUUAAAAUGAGAGAUUAUAUGGAGAGCAGGGGCAUAGCCAGCUUUUGACUUGUUGUAGGCCUGGCUGACUUUCAUUUCCACAUAUCCUGAAAAUUGCACGCAUGACUAGUAGGCACUAACCUCAGUUCUUAAGCUUUUUAGCUCACCCCAACAACCCAUGAUUUAUUACAAGCGGUAGGGUGAAAUAGCCAAAAAUUUGUAGGCGCUGGCCUACAUGUCUAUGGGCUGGCUACGCCCCUGGAUAGGCUACCUGGGGUCCCCCACCUUUAUGUAAAGAGGCCCUCAGUAGUAUU